GACCGUGUUCUGGAUUUUUUCGUAACACAUUUCUGAAACAAUCUUAUUUUAUCAUUGUUAGUUGUUCCCAUUGUAAUUAAUCCCAGGCGUAUUUUCAAAAGGAAAACCAAAUCCCGAAGUAGGCCGAAGAUGAAUUUUUCGUGCGUGUUCGGACAUGGUUUAACGUUUGUACUUCGUAGGCUUUCUCAGGCAUGCGCACAAGCCAGAAGGUCAACGAGAAACGUAAACGUCAGAAAUAACAAGUAGUUAGAAGAGAACGCCUGUGCAUCCUGUGUGUGAGAGUCCUGUACUGCGCUUAGCGCUUAGCGCAUAUAAUUUUGUGGACAAGCGUUUUGGGUAGGUUUUUGUUUUGUGGAAUGACGCUGUAAAUAGGCGUGGUUUCGCUUUAGGCGCUAUCAUAAAGUGACAAAUAAUGGAACCCAGUGAUUUCUCUCCGCCGAUGCCGAAAGUACGAGUCAGGACAACUGAAAAGGCUUCCUGGUCUUCUAAUAGCCUGGAAAAAGCUGUAAUGCUUGUUGAAGGAGGUUCUUCUUUAAGAAAUGGCGCUAAGGAAAACUCGAAGAUUGAUGUGUUGAAAUUCCAUGUGGAGUCAAGGAUCAGGCAUCGCUAUGGGCGGACCGUUGUCACUAGUGUUGUUGCCAACAACGCAGAUAAAGCUCAGGAGGUUUCCUUCAGGAUCACACUACCCGAGACUGCGUUUAUUUCAGCGUUUCAAAUGGAGAUAGAUGGUAAGGAAUACAAAGCACAUGUAAAAGAAAAGGAAGAGGCUAAACAAGUGUAUUUGGAUGCUGUGUCAAUGGGCUUAAGUGCUGCCCACGUUGAGCAGAAUGUGCGAGAUUCCAGCAAGUUUACUGUGUCAGUGAACGUUGAGAAAACCAAAACUGUGACAUUUAAGCUGACUUACGAGGAGCUCUUGAAGAGAGAAUUGUCGUUGUACAAACACGUGAUUAAUAUUGAUCCUGGACAGAUUGUUCCAGAGUUGUUGGUGGAAGUGCACAUAGAAGAGUCGUGUAACCUCUCUCUGCUGGAAGUGCCGCCCCUCCAGGAAACAAGUGAGCUGCAGCUGAAGCCCAGCACCGAAGCUAAUGCUUUCGCCAAGAUUGAGCGGCCAAAACCAAACCAGGGAAUAGUCCGCUGGUCACUCAGCUCAGAAGAUCAAAAGAAACUUGGUGCCAAUGGGGUCAGAGGUCAGUUGUUGGUACGGUACGACGUGGACAGAAAAACCAACCCCGAGCAGAUACUGAUAAACAAUGGGUACUUUGUUCACUUCUACGCCCCGUCUGACUUGCCGGUGCUGCGGAAGCACGUGGUGUUUGUCCUGGACGUCAGUGGCUCCAUGCAGGGCCGCAAGAUCGAGCAGAUGAAGGAUGCUAUGAAAACCAUCCUGAGUGAUCUUGGCAGCGAUGAUUUCUUCACUUUGAUCAUAUUUUCUACCGAUGUUCGGGUGUGGGACCCAAAUGUCAUUGAGCCACUCCUGCAAGCAGAAACAAGUGUGUUUGGCCCUCGCGGUCCCAGGGUCUUAACCGAAACUGCAGUAACUGAAGCUGUCGUCGUACCUGCAACUGUCAGUAAUGUCGAGAAGGCGAAGAUGUUCGUAUCUUCGCUGCAUGACGAUAUGUCAACAAACAUUCACGGAGCGUUGUUGAGGGCGAUCGAGGUGGCGCACCUGUGCAAAGGACUGCACAAGGCAGGGAAGAUACCCGGGGUGCGGCCCGAGCCGAUGGUCAUCUUCCUGACGGACGGCCAGCCGAACGUGGGCGAGAGCGACCCGGACCGGAUCACCUCGCUCGUCACGGCUGCCAACGGGGAUGUGGGGGCCGCUCUGUUCAGCCUGGCGUUUGGCGACGACGCGGACAUGGGCUUCUUGAAGAAGCUGUCGCUGCGCAAUGCAGGGUUCGCGCGCAAGAUCUACGAAGCAGCGGACGCGGCGCUGCAGCUCGGCCAGUUCUACCGCCUGGUGGCAUCGCCCCUGCUGGCGAACGUGCGGUUCCAGUACCAGGACGGCGAGGUUGUGUCUGGCUCCGUUACGAGCACCAAUUUCCGAUCACUGUUCGGAGGCUCUGAGCUGGUGGUGGCCGGCAGGCUGAGCUCGGAUGCACUCAGCGGGGAGAUGCUGAGCGACUCGUGCGGGGUCCAGAGGUCCUCGUGCAUCUGUAAACCGACGGUGCUGCCGAAGCAGGAGUGCGAGUACAUGGAGCGCCUGUGGGCGUUCCUGACCAUCAAGCAGUUGCUGGACCAUGUCGCGGCCGACACGGAUGUUGCCGUGAACAAGAAGCAAGCCCUCGAGCUUGCUCUGAAGUACUCAUUUGUGACACCGCUGACUUCACUGGUAGUUGUGAAGCCUGAUGAGAUAAAAGAGGAGACCAGUACUGAAACAGGUGCAGUAGGGACAGCACAUGGCGGUGGAGUGUUUGGGUUCAACAAGAAGAAGAUGAAAGCACAGUGGAAUCCAGUUUCAUUUGCCACACAGUGUGCUCCCACAACAGGUCAGAUGUCAACAUCUGGUUUUUUCGGUGCAAGUCCUUUGUCUGCACGAGAACCGUUUGGUACGAGACCACAAUCAAGGAUGCUGUUGGCGGCACCAUGUUCGUUUGGUGUUACACCGGAAACAAGUGCAAAGAUGAUGGCACCACGUUUGUUUGGCGGAGGGGGUCCUCAUCUUUUUAGCUCAGGAAGUAACCAGACCAUGGAGCCCGCAAUUUUCUCCUCUUCCGCAGUGCCACCGGCAGUGCAAGGCUCCAAAACUGCAGGUGAUAUUGCUUGUGAUGAUGCCAGCCCUGGAAUGGAGAAAUGCAAGGUUUCUAGUUUGCAUGUAAAAUCCAACAUAUGGUGUCGCUAUGCCAGCACCACUAUGAAGCAAGUGUUUGUGAAUCAUGGGAACACCAAGGAAGAAAUUAACUUCAACAUAUACCUUACCUUGUCUGCUGUCAUUUCCCACUGUACCAUAUUUGUGGAUGGAAAGGGGAAGAGACUGCGUUUGUUAUCGAAAAAAGCAGGAGAACUGCACUUUACAGACAGUAAGAAAAACGACACAGCUUCUGUACUUGUCCGACCAGGCACCUCUGACGGCCAGAGGGGUGUGACUGUGUGUGUGGUGUUGCCGCCUCAGGCGACUCUCACGUUCAAGUUCCAGUACGAAGAGUUCCUGGAAGAUUUUGGAGACGGCUACUUGUUCACUUUCAAUCUCAACCCAGGCCAGACGGUCCCAGACCUGCAAAUCACAGUGAAUGUUGAGGGGUUCUACAAAUUGGCUGAAGUACGUGCCUUGCGUAUCAUUCCAUAUUCACCAAAAGAAGAAGUGCUGGACCAGGUGGAGGUGCAGUUCAGCCCGACGGACGACCACAAGGCGAUGCUCCGCUGGUCCCCGAGCGCAGAGGAGCAGGGCCGGCUGUUCGGGGCGGACGACACCGUACAGCUGGGUGUCGAGUACAAGGCACAAGCACCUGACUUUGGGUCUGACGGGCCUGAUGGCGAAGUGGUUCUGGACGAGAGUGGCCAGACCAUCCACGUGCACCUGCCGGGGGCAGCGGGUCCCGCAGCAGAGGCCAGGCCGAGGCACCUCGUCCUCCUGCUCCACGUCGGGACCACUGCCUCAGGGGAGAUGCGAGAGCUGGUCAUAGCCUCCGCGAGGAACUUGCUGCUCAAACUGCACGAGAGGGAUCUGUUCAGCAUCUUGAUCUGCUCCAAUGACAUGCAGGUUUGGGAGGAUUCUGGCAGCGUGGUAUCCGGCAUGACUACACUAGGCACUGAAGUAUUCCCUGCGUCCCAGGAGAACAUCAGGAAGGCUAGGGACUUCAUCACACAAACACUGGCUAUUGUGCCUUCAAAAGUGAUUGUUCCAGACCCCAGCAUGGAGGCUGCACUCACAAAGGCCCUGCAGUUGUCUGGCCAGACAGAGCAAGCUCGUCCCAAGAUCUUUGUCCUGUCGACGGGCGGGACCAGCGCUCCCGACGCAGGAACGCACGUCCUUGCCUCCGGCCUGAAGAGCGUCAAUGCUCACAAGGCCGCCAUCUUCAGCCUGUCCUGUGGCAGCGCCGCGCUCUCAGCUCUAUUCCGAGAGAUCUCGGCAGACUCGUCAGGCUUCGCCUGUGAGCUGCACAAGCAAACUGUCGAGCGCUUGCUGGAUCUAUUCUUCCGAAUGUCUGACUUUGACAGGAUAGACUGUAAGGUUGUACACCAGAAUCCAGUAUUUGAUGGGUUCAUGGAAAAGUUUUGGUUGAAGGAAGCCAUCGAGCAAUCAAAAGAUGACGACAUGAAAAUCACACUAUCAUUGAAGCACAAUAUUGCAACUUCUGAAACAUCAUUUUUUGCUGCAAGUGAGUAAUCAUCAGCUAAGAUCAUUCGGUGAUCAUCCCAGCUUCUGCUUUGCCAGCUUUAAAACUCAAAGAUGCAAAAUAUAAUUUUAUAUUUUUAUUGUUAUAAUGUUUUUACUUUUUAUGUUUAAGUUAUGUAUAUUUUCAAAGCAUUUUAAAAUAAAAUUAUAAGCUUGUUAA